GACCGCUCUGAAACUCUCUCUCUCUCUCUCCCUGACCUCUGAGCUCCAAUGAUUCCUCUGCAAAUUCAGCACCUCACUCCACCCUUGUCAAUUUCCCAAACUACCCCUCUCUCCUCUCUCCCUUCCCUUCCUCACCUCCUCUCUCAAAGACUCGACCUUUCCCUCAGACCCAACCCCUUCACCUUCUCCCCAAUUUCACCGCCCAAACCCACCCUCAAGCUCUCAAGGGCGUCGCAAAGUCGAUCGCUUUUCUUCGGAAAUGAGGACACCGCCGGAAUUUCAACUGACCUCGACGACUUGUCCCCAAACGGCGUCGUUCACCGGAAAACAUUGGCAUUGGUUGAGUGCUCCAUGUUUGCUGCGCUUACUGGGUUGGUGUAUUUCCUCAGCAAUUCUCUCGCAAUUGAGAAUUACUUUGGUUGCUUCUUUUCGCUGCCCAUAGUGAUCACCUCAAUGAGAUGGGGCACCGCAGCUGGAAGAAAAACUAUGGUGGCAACGACUAUGCUAUUACUUGUCUUGUCUGGUCCGGUGAAAGCCUUAACCUAUUUGCUUAAGCAUGGAUUAGUUGGCUUUACAAUGGGAAGUUUGUGGAGGUCGGGAGCAAAUUGGACUAUUUCAGUUUUCUUGUGUGCAAUUGUUCGAGCAUUGGGUUCUGUAGGGUAUGUUUUGAUCACUUCUUUCUUGAUCAGAGAAAACAUAUUUGCUCUGAUCACGAUAAACAUUCAUGCUUCUCUAACAUUCAUCUUCACAGCAGCAGGCAUCUAUACAGUUCCAUCGAUGGAAGCAAUAUAUGCCUUAUUUAGUAUUCUGGUUUUUAUAAAUAGUGGGUCCUUCACAUUCUUGCUGCACAUACUGUAUGGUGCCUUCCUUUCGAGGCUCGGGAUGAAAGCAUCUUUGAGAUUGCCAAGAUGGCUGGAGAAGGCAAUAUAGCAGCAUUUGGGUGACUGAAUAAUUAUUGAUGUCUGCCAUAUGUGGUACAUUAUACGUGAAAAAAAAGCUUCAUAGGUUGAUUAUUGGAUGGGGUUGGGAUAGAAAUACCAGGGGUCAUGUAAGCAUCCCAACUGUAAUCUCAUGUAUCAUCAUGAAUCAUCAUUAUUCAUGACUACAAUCUUUACAUGUAAAACUCGAUAUCAUUUGAGUAAAGGAGAAUCCAGAUUGAUUUCCUCUGGCCUGAUA